AUGUCAUCCUAUCAGGAAACUGAGGAUUUCGAGAGAGACUUUCGCGAGGCUCUCGAGGAUCUCCAAGUGAACAACCGGUAUGACAUACAGAACUUAACUAUGAUUGCUCGCGAGAAUACCGAACACGCACUCGCCAUCUCGCAGGUGCUGCAAGAUCACCUCAAACGGAUCGCGCCUCACAAGAAGCUGCCCUCGCUGUACGUUCUUGAUUCCAUCGUCAAGAAUGUCGGAACACCAUACACGUUAUUCUUCGGCAAGAGGCUGUUUCAAACGUACAUGGACUCCUACGCUUCAGUGGACAUGAACACCCGGAGAAAGAUGGACGAGAUGCUCAAAACCUGGAAGGAGCCCAUUCCGGGUUCCAUCGACACACGGCCGGUCUUCCCUCCGGAUGUCACCCGCCCGAUAGAGAAUGCUUUAAUCAAAGCGAGGACGUCGGCCAUGCACGCACAGCAACAAAAUCUCAGAACUGAGCAGCAGCUGCUUGGUCGAGGCAGAUCAAUGGGUCAACCUGUUCCGUACCGCGAGACGCCAACUCCGCCUGGUUCCGGAUAUCGACCACCUUCUCAGGCCAGCGGCUACCCAGCUGAGCAUGCAGCCUCCAUGGCGAACGGCAGCCCCCAUGGCCAUCCGACGCAACCUCCGUCCCACUAUCCCCUUCACCAGCAACAAAUCCCUCCAACACGAUCAACCCCACAGCCUCCGGCAAGCUUGCAUGCAUUUCAACCGCUUCAUGGUGGCUAUAGCAUGCCACAAUCAGGAAUCAGCGUAGACGCUUUGACUGAUGACAUUCAGAGGCUGAUUACAGCAUUUAAGGCUGAAGUUUCACGCAACCCACAUGAUCCUAGUAUACAGACAAGACUUAAGGCGCUCUUGGAUUUGCAAAGUCUACUUCAAAGCCAGAACUUGCCGCAGGAUCAGUUAGUGCUUGUUAAAAAUCGAAUUGCUGAACUCGCCGUGACCAUAAGGGCACCUCCUGCCCAAAUAGCCACACCUGUACCUAUCCCCCAACCUGUAGCAGUAGCUCCUUCUCCCGCAGCGGCGCCAAAGGUGUCCUUAGAUUCUUUACUCGGGUCGGGUGCAUUGGCUGCUCUGCUGGCACGAGGUUCUGCCACGCCACAAGUUUCUACACCACAACCUCCUCCUGCAACAGUGGCCAUCAGAUCACCACCGCCUCAACGGGUUGAACCUCCCAAGGUGGCCGCACCGCAGGCCGACCCUAUGUCGCUUUUGAACAUGUUACGGAAGGCCGGUAUGCUUCCAGCCACAACCCCGUCCAGUGGCUCGACACCGGUACCGAACGUCGCGCCAUCUGUGGCAACCCCGUUCCCUCUCCCGGUUCAUGGUAUGACGCCGCCUUCUCUUGAGAACCUGACAGGCGAUAUUGCGUUCAAAGCCUCUUCGCUAAAGCAGUAUGUCUUCCGACCACAUUUGCUGUCCUUCAUGUACGAGGCUCUUGGACCACAAUGUACGCAAUGCGGCCGACGGUUCAAGACGGAUGAGGAAGGGAAGAAGAAGAAGACGGCACACAUGGACUGGCACUUCAAGGUCAACCAGCGGAUUGCAGAGACGGAGAAGCGAGGCCAGCACCGCAGUUGGUUCAUUGACGAGAUGGACUGGAUCAACUCUCGGGAGACAAUUGAUGAGGAUUACGUCGCUCCCACGGGCGAUUCGGGUGCUCAGGGCUCGGCUGCUAAAGCCCCCAAGCUCCAGUACAUCCCCGUCCCCGAUGACCCGAUGCUAGCGAACAGUGUGUGCCCCAUCUGCCAGGAGAAGUUCGAAACGAGAUGGCUCGACGAUGCGCAAGAGUUUGUCUGGCCGGAUGCCCUCCGAGUGGGAGACCGGAUACAUCACGCCAGUUGCCACAAGGAGGCCAUGGGUAGUAGCGCGGUUGGAUCUCUCUACUCUCGCAAUACCCCUGAGCCGGUGCUGGGCAAGAGAAAGGCCGAGGUGAGUCGAAGUCAUCUUGAGAAGUGCACAGCAUAUGGAUUGCGACUAACGGAGCCCAAGCAGGAUGAACUGACGGGUAUACGCGGGAAGCUGAAGAUGGAGGCAGCGUAA